CACUAUCUUGAAAAAGAGCUCGAGAUUCAAGUGUUUCAAACGCCUCCUAAACCGCAACGACGACACUCAACGUAUAACACAAAACAAAAGAAUGGAACUACCUCAAAAAAAACCAUCCGUUCAAACACAGUACCUAGUGAUAAAUAUUCUCAUUCAAACACAGCACCUAGUGAUCCCUUACAAACAUCACCUCCAGCAACUCAAGAUGUUAAUGCAGCAUUAUAUAUGAGCCCAUCUAAAACUGCUCAUGAGUUUAAAGAAAAUAUACUUACGCAACCUUCCGGCAAAAAAUAUGUUGACAUUACAUCACAAAUGAAUCACGGAACAAAUCCAAUUGCAUCGAACACCUUACCAAAUAAAACUAAAUAUACUAUUCCAAUUAACUCUAUAGAUUCAUACAAUUCAAAUCAUAACAUAUCUACUCCUUAUCUUCAUACAAGUGAAUUGGCCACAUCACAUGAUAACACAAAUUACGCGCCAAUUUAUUUAUAUUUUGAUAACAUCUCUUCAUUCGAUAAUGUAAGCGGCAACUCGGACGAAAUGCCCUAUCAAAUAUUUGGUGUUUAUAAUACCGCCGAAAGAAUGUAG